GAGAGGGGGGCGGAGGGGGAGGGUGAAGAUGGCGGCGCCGCCGCCGCGUCGUUCCCAGCACCACCACCACCACCACCAUCAUCCGCCGCCCGGGCCAGCCUCCCCGCCGGCCGCCGCCUCGCCGCCGCGCAGCCCCAGCCUGUCACCUGCCGAGGUUGUCCCCGCCGCGCAGCGCCACAGCCUGGCCGGCCCCGAAGGCGAGGCUCCCCCCGACGCGGAGCGGCCUCCGAUCCCGGAGUGCUCGGAGGGUGCGAGUGGCGCUGCCCCAGGCCCGCCGCCGGCCUCGGGCAGUAGCUCCAGCAGUUCUUCCUCCUCGUCCUCCUCAUCUGCGUCGUCGUCAGUCGCUUCCAGUCCGGCGGCGGAGAGUCCCGAGGCGGCAGGCCCGGGAGCCUCGAGUGGGGCCUUCCGCGAGCUGCUGGAGGCCUGCCGCAAUGGGGACGUGACACGCGUGAAGCGCCUGGUGGACACAGGCAACGUGAACGCCAAAGACAUGGCGGGCCGCAAGUCCACGCCGCUCCACUUCGCCGCCGGUUUUGGAAGGAAGGAUGUUGUAGAGCAUUUACUACAGACAGGAGCUAACGUUCAUGCUCGUGAUGAUGGAGGGCUGAUACCCCUUCACAACGCCUGCUCCUUCGGUCAUGCUGAAGUAGUUAGUCUGUUACUGUGUCAGGGGGCAGACCCAAAUGCAAGAGACAAUUGGAACUACACUCCUUUGCAUGAGGCUGCUAUCAAGGGGAAGAUAGAUGUGUGUAUUGUGCUGCUGCAGCACGGAGCUGAUCCAAACAUUCGGAACACUGAUGGGAAAUCUGCGUUGGAUCUGGCAGACCCUUCAGCAAAAGCUGUACUCACGGGUGAAUACAAGAAGGACGAACUCCUGGAAUCUGCUAGGAGUGGUAAUGAAGAAAAACUGAUGGCUUUAUUGACUCCUUUAAAUGUGAACUGCCACGCGAGUGAUGGACGAAAGUCUACUCCUUUACACCUAGCAGCAGGCUACAACAGAGUUCGAAUAGUCCAGCUUCUGCUUCAGCAUGGUGCUGAUGUGCACGCAAAAGACAAAGGUGGUCUUGUCCCUCUUCAUAAUGCAUGUUCAUAUGGGCACUAUGAGGUUACAGAGCUGCUGCUUAAGCAUGGUGCCUGUGUGAAUGCUAUGGACCUCUGGCAAUUCACUCCCCUGCACGAGGCUGCUUCCAAGAACCGUGUAGAGGUCUGCUCCCUCCUGCUGAGUCACGGCGCAGAUCCCACUUUAGUCAACUGCCACGGCAAGAGUGCAGUCGAUAUGGCUCCAACGCCUGAACUGAGGGAGAGACUGACCUAUGAAUUCAAAGGACAUUCUCUACUACAAGCAGCCAGAGAGGCAGACCUAGCCAAAGUGAAAAAAACACUUGCUUUGGAGAUCAUUAAUUUUAAGCAGCCACAGUCACACGAGACUGCACUGCACUGUGCUGUUGCCGCCGUGCAUCCCAAGCGGAAGCAAGUUACAGAACUGCUGCUCAGGAAAGGAGCAAAUGUUAAUGAGAAAAACAAAGAUUUCAUGACGCCUUUGCAUGUCGCAGCUGAAAAAGCUCAUAAUGAUGUCAUGGAAGUUCUGCAUAAACACGGAGCAAAGAUGAAUGCACUAGAUACACUUGGUCAAACAGCGCUGCACAGGGCUGCACUAGCAGGUCACUUGCAGACCUGUCGACUCUUGCUGAAUUACGGCUCUGAUCCCUCCAUCAUCUCUUUACAAGGCUUCACAGCAGCGCAGAUGGGAAAUGAAGCAGUGCAGCAGAUUCUAAGUGAAAGUACUCCUGUGCGCACAUCUGAUGUGGAUUAUCGGUUGUUAGAAGCAUCCAAAGCUGGUGACUUGGAAACUGUGAAGCAACUUUGCAGCCCACAGAAUGUGAAUUGUAGAGACUUGGAAGGCCGUCACUCAACGCCACUGCACUUUGCUGCAGGAUACAACCGUGUAUCAGUAGUGGAGUAUCUGUUGCACCAUGGGGCAGAUGUGCAUGCCAAAGAUAAAGGUGGCUUAGUACCCCUGCACAAUGCCUGCUCUUAUGGACACUACGAGGUGGCUGAACUCCUAGUGAGGCACGGUGCUUCUGUCAAUGUGGCAGACCUGUGGAAAUUCACUCCUCUGCACGAAGCAGCAGCUAAAGGAAAAUAUGAAAUCUGCAAGCUGCUUUUAAAACAUGGAGCUGAUCCAACAAAAAAGAACCGAGACGGAAACACUCCUUUAGAUUUGGUGAAAGAAGGAGACACAGAUAUCCAGGACUUACUGCGAGGAGAUGCUGCCUUGCUAGAUGCUGCCAAGAAGGGGUGCCUGGCACGAGUGCAGAAGCUAUGUACUCAAGAAAAUAUCAACUGCAGAGACACCCAGGGGAGAAAUUCAACACCACUACAUCUUGCAGCUGGUUACAACAAUUUGGAAGUAGCUGAAUACCUUCUUGAGCAUGGUGCUGAUGUUAAUGCCCAGGACAAAGGAGGAUUAAUCCCCCUACACAAUGCAGCAUCCUAUGGGCAUGUGGAUAUAGCAGCGCUGUUGAUCAAAUACAAUACUUGUGUAAAUGCAACAGAUAAAUGGGCAUUCACACCACUGCAUGAAGCUGCACAAAAGGGAAGGACACAGCUCUGUGCUCUGCUGUUAGCUCAUGGAGCAGAUCCAACCAUGAAGAACCAAGAGGGUCAGACACCACUAGACCUGGCAACAGCUGACGAUAUCCGAGCUUUGCUGAUAGAUGCCAUGCCUCCAGAAGCUUUGCCUACUUGCUUUAAACCUCAGGCUACCAUCGUUAGUGCUUCCCUGAUCUCACCAGCAUCUACACCAUCCUGCCUCUCUGCUGCCAGCAGCAUAGAUAACCUCACUGGGCCUCUGGCAGACCUAGCCGUAGGAGGCGCAUCAAAUACUGGUGAUGGAGCAGCAGGAACUGAAAGGAAGGAAGGAGAAGUUUCUGGGCUUGAUAUGAACAUUACGCAGUUCCUAAAAAGCCUGGGUCUUGAACACCUUCGUGACAUCUUUGAGACAGAGCAGAUCACCCUGGAUGUGUUGGCAGACAUGGGGCAUGAGGAGCUUAAAGAAAUUGGGAUCAAUGCUUAUGGACACCGCCACAAAUUAAUAAAAGGUGUGGAGAGACUUCUAGGAGGACAGCAAGGCACCAAUCCAUAUUUGACUUUCCACUGUGUAAGUCAGGGGACCAUUCUUCUUGACCUUGCUCCUGACGAUAAGGAGUAUCAGUCUGUAGAAGAGGAGAUGCAAAGUACAAUCCGGGAGCAUCGGGAUGGUGGAAAUGCUGGUGGCAUCUUCAACAGGUACAAUGUCAUCAGGAUCCAAAAGGUCGUGAAUAAGAAGUUGCGGGAAAGAUUCUGUCACAGGCAGAAGGAGGUCUCAGAGGAGAAUCAUAAUCAUCACAAUGAGCGUAUGCUGUUUCAUGGAUCUCCAUUUAUCAAUGCUAUCAUUCACAAAGGAUUUGAUGAAAGACACGCGUACAUUGGAGGAAUGUUUGGAGCUGGAAUUUACUUUGCCGAGAACUCCUCAAAAAGCAACCAAUAUGUGUAUGGAAUAGGGGGAGGAACAGGCUGUCCCACACACAAAGACAGGUCCUGUUACAUCUGCCACAGGCAAAUGCUCUUCUGCAGAGUGACCCUUGGAAAAUCCUUUCUUCAGUUCAGCACAAUGAAAAUGGCUCAUGCCCCUCCAGGGCACCAUUCUGUCAUUGGCAGGCCAAGCGUGAAUGGACUUGCAUAUGCCGAAUAUGUUAUCUAUAGAGGAGAACAGGCAUACCCAGAAUAUCUCAUUACAUACCAGAUUGUGAAACCAGAAGCUCCCUCACAGACAGCAACAGCAGCAGAGCAAAAGACCUAGUAGCUAGAGAGGAGGGAAGCAGGAUGUGACGUCAAUCUUGGACUGGAUGGAUACGUGUUUCAGAAAAUCAGCAUCGUACAAAAUCCUUAGCGCUCUGGGAAAAAAGCCGUGUGUCUUUUAUAAAGCAUCGCUGUCUUGAAUGAGGUAGGAGUAACUCUUGCAUACUCAACUGCUACUGUUCCUUUGGAGGAAAGUUUACAAGGGACUGCCUUUUAAUAACACGUCUCAGACUCCUGGUCUCUGCAGUUGCCACGUGUAAAAUAAUGUUGUUUUCAUCUAGACUUUGGGAACAUUAUUGUGCAGAUGGAAAAUCUUUAUCAGUGCUAGCUCACAUUUUAAAUAUUUGGACACUACUAUUCUAGUUAUUUUAUUUGGACAUAAAUUGCAUUAAGCCCGUAAUUUCCUCUUCAACAUACACCAUUCAUUUUAUGUUUUCAAGAGGUCCUAAUCAACUAUUUAUUUUUCCUUUUGUAUUCUGAAGUUGAGCUGAAACCUUCUUAAAGAUAUUUUGCACAAAGUCAACUUGACUAAAAUCAUUAACAAUGCAAUAUGAAUUUCAUCUGAGAAGGGGCCAGGUCCAGUUCUUCAAUACAGCGUUUUUUUGCAUACCUCUGAGAAAACGGCAGUGAGUGUAACUUCAGAGUAGACACAAACUGUGUUGGUUUACAGUUUUGUGUGAUUUUUGAGCAGAAGCCCUAGGAAGUGUUUGCAGGGGUAAAGCCAGCUCUUGUGCUUGGCAUCAGGCCAAUGCCCUCUGCUAGCUUUUCUAAGAGAACAUUUUACAAGGCUUCUGUUAAGUGCAUGCAGUUUGUGAAAUGCUCUCCAGUUACUGCUGGGAUAUGGCAGGUGAAAAGUCAGAGGAUUGCAUACACGAGGGCAUAUCUGUUCGUGUCCCUCUGUGAUACAAGACCCAGUAAAUGGGUCUCACGCUGGUAAGGGAGAGUGUACUCUAGCAGUUUUGUGUCAUAUCUUUGUAUGUGACACCACAGCUGAAGAGCUUAAGGGAUUCAUAAAAAUAAUAAUAUUUUUAAAUACUGCUUUUGCAUUUUAAUGAGAAUGAACUUUUAAAACAUCAGUUGGCAAGUGGAUUUGUUUGCAGGUAUACGAGAGAACAAAGCUAGGAUUUAUUCACUCUAAUCUCCCUUCCUGCAAGCUCCCCAGGCUUAUUUCACUGGGUAGGAGAAAGUUAUUUUUAAGCAUUGCACAACACAGCAUCAAACAAUUGCAGAAGUCCCCCUCAUGGAAGAUAUGCAUUGAACAAAAGUAAAAACCCACUUCUUUUUUAUUGACUCUGUAGCUUCAGAGAAUGUUGAAAAUGGAGCCAUUUAAUUUUUUUUUUCCUUGACAACCAAUACCAGGAGAUGUGCUUCAGUGUUGGGCCUGCAACACCCAGGGAAAAAAGCAUUCCUCUGAACACAGCACUCUGUGCAUUUCCCUGCUGACCAGCACUAUUUAAUAUCUGAUGAUCCAGUUCAUGCAUUUGGGUUUUAUCCCCUUUAAAGCAAGGAAACAACAGAAUAGUGUGCUUUGAGCUUAUAAAAAUACAUGUGCUCCCCACAAGUGGGAUUUUUCCAACCCCUUGGGAAUUAAAAAAAACCCAAACUUAAACCUGAAAAGCUUUUCACUUUCAGUGCUAAGACACAACAUUUUAAUUGUUAACAUUAAGACAUUGAUGUUGAAGCAGGUUAUCCUCACAGUGAAAUUUCACCCACUGUAAAAUCAGUCAUUUGAUACAAUCUGGCUACCUGCACAUCAUCUGUUUGUAAUAUCUCUAAAAAAGCCCUUAGAAAUAGCAAUACUCCAUCAGAUCUUGAACUUCGGGGUUAUUUUCUCUUGAGCUGGAAGUGGUUAUAUGGUUCUUGCUUCAUUUUGUGACCUGAUUAAAUAUGUAGCUUUGAAGUCCAAGCCAGGCUCUAGCCUAGUUGUCCUUUUAAUCAAAUCUCAUUGAUAAAAUUGGGUGCUUGUAUUUUGGCUACUUGUUUAAUAGUGUUAGGAUUGCAGAGAUCACCACUAGGCUUUGAAGCUUCGUAUUCAUCAUUUAAGUUUGGAGUUUGUUUUUAACUUAGUUAAUAUUGGAGGGGGGGGGGGAUGUGCCUAUCUACACCGGGGUCUCAGAUGGUGUUGAGAGUGAGUGUUGCUCACCAUCCCCACUUUAGACAUAGUUUUAAAUGGUAAAACGGUUUUGCUGCUGAGGUGAGCAAAAUGGUUGACGUGGGUGUGGAAGUUAAAAGCUUUACAUCUCUCAAAACCAGGAACAAACCUAAAAUCAGAAACCCCACCAAGUCUGCACCAGAUUCUGUUCUUGCUUGUUGUUUCCCAUGUGCUGAUUGAACUAAUGGCUAGUCUGGAUUUCUUCUGCAGCCUUGAACUUCUAGAGGAUAAAAAUACUGUCCAGUAUCUUUGAACUGCCAGUGUUGAUGUACCUGAUGUUCUGUGCAGAGUAAAGGUGCUGUGUGAGGAAGUUGUUUUGCAGUGGUUUUUGUCUCUUAAUGGUGUGAUCUCAUAUCCAUUUGUGGCCAGACAUGGAGGAAUACCCAGGCCUGAUGAUGCAUCUGUGUGUCAUAGAAACCUGUGCAGGAGUAGUGUCCACCUCUCCUGGUGUAUAUCAUUGCAGCUCCUCUUAGAGUUCAAAACAAAGUGUGGAUCUGUCCAUCUGUAUGGAAGUUAUUCAUGAAGAAAACUGUUAUGGCAGAGCCACAUUUGGUAGAUUAUCACGGUACAGGUGCUUCUGCUUUAGCUGAGGCACUUAACUUGGUGCCUCCUAAUUCCAGAGAAUGGGCCCUUAAAAAUAGGACACCUCCAUAAACAGGCAGCUACUGCCUUCUGGGAGAUGAUUUUCAGCUUCCUGAGGAGGGCAGUCCCCUGACAAUGGAAUGCUUCUUUGCAGCAUUGUAUUACCAACGGAGGCGUGGUAAGAGCUGAGGAUGCAAGAAAACAGUGGCUCGGGAGCCUGGGCACCUCUUAUUGGCUCCAGAAAAAACUAUUGCCACUGGCACAGAAAGUGGUGUCUGCUGGGGAAAGGGACAGUUGUCUUUCAGCCUCUUGAUUUUCUUUUUGUUUCCCCACGUCCCUUUGAGGCAGCAUUUUGAAACACCUCUGCAGUUUGCAACAAGAUCUUAAUUGGCAGAACAAACUUCACAUGUAGCAGAGAAGGGACAGUCCUGCUCUCCAUUGCCAAAAGUGUUUCCAUGAGACAGACAAAUUUGGUGCCUGGUGCAGUGACAUUGCAGUCUGAAUGCUGUCAACAAACUUCCAUUCAGAUUAAAAGCAGAGUGCAGUACCUUAAUAAAGUGUGUUUAUUUUCUCAUCCUUAGUUUUGUUUGCCAGUGUUUUGAUCCCAGCUCCACAGGGACUGUUCAACCCUCUUGUGCUAACUAGUUCCACCGUUCUGCAGUCAGCAUUGGUCUGUAGUCCAAGGAACAAGCAAGGUGUUUUUCCAACCUCUGUUUUGAACGUUUACAUGUGAUGCAGUUGAAUCCCACUGCAUUAUGCAGAUGGAAUUUACUUUGCCUGAAAACUUUUAUACUUUGCUUCUUGGUUACAGAAUACUCUAAAAUUCUACACUAAAAAAGUUCCCCAAAAUGUUCUGCACUGCUGGAUUUGGUGGGCAGGAGAAACAGAAGAGACAUGAGACAGACUAGCUUCUGGAAGAGGGCAUUUCCUUGGCUCUGGAUUCUAGUUGAUCCAGAGGAUCAGGAGACCAGGAAGAUCAAGGGGCAGCAUAUGCAUAAUAAAACUUCUGAAGCAAGGUGGCUGAGCCCAUGAAUCAGUAGGGAACAUGAGACAUAGAUGCAUUUUCCAUUACACACACAUCCGCCUGUCAGAUUGUGUUAUCUGACUGGUUUUGAUAGAUCUAUUUCUGUCUUACUGAAGCUGUUGGUGGCACAUUUCAGUGUUGCUUCUGUUAAUGUAGUUUGAUUAAGAGUUUCUUUUACAAGGUAAUUUUGUCACUUUCUUCUUAACAUCUGCAGAACUUGCUUCAGCUUUGAAAGUGAAAUGGGAAGUUUUCUGUGCCACAGUCCCAUGAACUUGUAUAUCUUCACUCUUAACUGCUUCCUCUGCCAACCCAAGUGGCAGUGUACCUGGGGUUGUUUUUAUACCUUUGUUUUGUAUAACUUGUUUUUGUAACUAGCCCUGUAUGUUUCCUCUCUUGGUUGCAAAUUACUUGGAGCUGGGAUAUCAUUUAUUUAUUUCCUCCUUUACCCUCUCUCUCAAAGAAGACAAUGGGCAGGUUCUCAGCCUACCUACAUGGUGGACUUUAGGUAACAUCUCUGUAACAACCAAGUUUGAUCUAUAAAUGUGCUUGGCUUAAUGUCUGAUCUGCAAUACUUGUAAUAGUUUAAAAUUCAAUAAAGACAUUUUUAACAGUU